ACACACCGAGAGGAAAGACAAGAGAAGAAGAAGAAGGGAAGAAGAAGAAGAAGAAGAAGAGAGGAAGAGGAAGAGGAAGAGGAGGCAGAGAGAGUUGGAUGUAGCUGCUGUGUGGCGGUGUUUCGCGGGGAAUGAUCGGCUCCUCGUCAACUUUCUGAUCGGCUCUGAUGGUGAGAGGAGGAAUCAGAGGAUGGGAGUAACCUGGUCCUCCAAAUGCCUCGCACUCUUCCUCGCUCUACACAUAGUCUCCGUGCUGCAGACGGUGCUGGUCAGUGCAGGUCAAUGUGACUCGGUGUUUAAAGGUUUCUCAGACUGUCUGCUGCAGUUGGGGGAGAACAUGGCCAACUACCCCCAGGACCUGGACGACAGGGAGAACCUGCACAAGAUCUGCAGUUACUGGGAUAACUUCCACUCCUGCGCCACGACGGCGCUGGCCGACUGCCAGGAGGGAGCGACGGACCUCUGGGAGAAACUGAAAAAGGAGUCCCGCAACCUGGAUUUCCGUGGGAGUUUGUUUGAACUCUGUGGCGGCGGCAACGCGGCCCCCAGAUCAGCCGACGCCAGGGGCCUCGCCUUGGUCCUCACCACGCUGCCCACCAUACUGACUUGGCUGGCGUUUUAACAGAAAAAAACAAGGAGAAACAUAUUAAAAAAGGAAAAAAAACCAACAACACAAAGAAGAAAAAAAAGGAAAACAAAUGAAAAAAGAAAUAGAAAAAAGAGUGAUAGCUGCUCUCCGAUACUGAAAAAAACCAACUGAGUUUGAAUCCAUCACCAAGAAAACUACACCCCCAAAUGGAUUUUUACUACAUCACCAUAUGGCGGCUCGUGGCUUGGUUUGCCUUCCUGCAGGCUCAUCCAAUCACACGCUGACCCGACCCGGAGGUCGAUAACAUGAAAUAUUCAACACGCCGUCGAGCUGAAAUGAUGACAAUGAUGAAAAUUUGAUGGAUCCUCGCCCGCUUACAAUCGUGGAAUUACACAGUAUUAAAGUCAACCAUGAAUUAUUGAUGUUUAGGAGGCGAGGCUGUGGGACUGCUGGGUGCCGACAUGUUUCCAGGCCAUACAUUAGGGUGAUCGCCGUACGGCCUGGGGUCCAUGGUAACAAGAGGCCCAGCUGAACGCCACAAAUCAAUAAAGACGGGGCCGAAAGGGCCUGGAGCCAAAUCCAGUCCAACUGGCCGCCAAAACCUCCAUCACGGACAGUUUUUUCCUUUUUAAAAAUUGCGCCACGUUGACUGUGUUGAGCCCCGGUAGGUUUGAUGGACUCAAUGCCUGACGGUGAUGUAAUAUUUGUAUUCUUACUGGCUGUUUAUUGUGCUCAGGCCAUGGUCACACCAGCUUUUAUCACAGCGGCAUUCACCAAAUUUAAGUCAAGUUCAAUCGGCCCAGUCCGUUUUGCACGAUGUCCAUCUUACAGGUAAAUUUGUGGCAUUGACAGAAAUGACAAAAAACUCACAUUGACAGUAUUGACCCACGCAGCAUGGCUUCCAGUCAACCGUGUGCCGGCAGUAGGCGUGUUCUUAAAUUUAAAGUAUUCUACUCUUGGGUGUUGAACUGGCUAGCUUGCCACCCCCCCCGCUAGCUUCCACGUUAAGAAAUCCUGCUCUGCCAGUUCCUGGUGUGACCGUAGCCUUGUUUUUCCCCACCAAGCUCUGAGGUGCAGGGAUGUAGUUGAGAGUAUUAAGCCUGCUUUUCAUUAACGAACAGUUGUUAAGGCUGAUGUUACAUUGCAUGAUGUCAGUUCAGAGUUCAGACCGUCUCAAGACAUUUCAGGAAAUGAGCACAAACUCCCAAAAAAAGGUUUAAGUGACAGCGUGCUUGGAUUUAUAGACCUACUGCUGCUAAUUAUCAUUAAAUCUAAACCCCAAAUCAACACACAAGAACCAGUCAAAUAUCUGGCUCCAUCACGAAACUGGUUAAAAUUGAAUUGAUGAGAUUGAUGAAAGCUAGCUAAUAGUUCAGUUUAGCAGCUGGAAAAACAAUUGAGUUACCUAAAGUAACUGUUUUAAUUUAACUAUCCAACCUGAGCUAAUUUGGCUGCUAACAGGCUAAAACAUUCAAUUUUUGUGUUAGCAACUAAAUGGGGCUGUGGACUGUGCUGGAAUUAUCCAAUUGUGUUUAGGUUAGCAGUUAAAUGGGAUUAGGUUAACUAGCCACUUGGUUUAGCUUUUAAACCAGAUUAGGUCAGGUUAGCUAACACGUAAGAGUCUAAAACAGACAAUAUUUGGGUAAACACCUAAAUUAAAUUGUGUCAGUUUUGCAAACAAUCUGAAUGAUCCAACUUGAACUAAUCUGGUUUGGCUGCUAACAGGCUAAAACAUACAAUACUUGGGUUGGCAGUUAAAAGGGAUCGUAUCCGGUUAGCUAACCACCUUAUUUAGCGGCUAAACUAGAUUCAGGUUAGCCAACAGCUCAGCUAAACCAGACUGGCGAAGGCUAACUAAUGGUUCAGUUUAGCAGCUUCACCAAAUUAAGUCAGGUUAGCUAACCUAUUAGCGGCUAAAGCAAACAAUACUUGGGUUAGCCGUUAAAUUGGAAGGGGUUAGGUUAACUAGCCACUUGGUUUAGCAGCUAAACUAGAUCCAGGUUAGCUAGCUGCUUAGCUAAACCAGACAGAUAAAGGCUAACUAAUAGUUCAGUUUAGCAGCUAAACCAAAUCGAAUAAGGUUAGCUAAAGGUUAAGUUAGCAGCUAGAACCUGUUGGGGUUACAACAGACAACUUUUUGUCAGUAGCUGAAGUGAUUGUGUGAGAAUUUGAUUUAGCCGCCAAAACUGGAUUAGCUCAGUCUCGCUAACCACUUGAUUUAGCGGCUAAACCAAAUAAGGUCAGGUUAGCAAACCUAUUCGACACUAAAAGCAUACAGUAAUUGUGUUAGCAGAAAAAAUGUAUUGUGUCAAGUUUCCUAUCCACUUGGUUUAGCAUCUAAACUGAAAGUUAGCUAACAGUUUAGCAGUUAAAAUGGGUUUAGGUUUGCAAAAUACUUUAGUGUAGCGGUUUGAUCCUGAUUUAACUGGUGAAAAAUCCUCCCACAAGGUAGGAAAUAUGUUGAGAAUUAAACAGGUUUUAAAAGUUUAAGUUGACCAAGUUAAGUCAGUUAAGUUAGUCUGUUAACCCAUUUAAGGCGGGAAAGCAUUACGGCAUUUCUACCAUUAAAACCGGGGGUGCUGUCGCUUUUAUCUGCUACAGAGGCUGAAAAAUCGAUUAUUUAGACGGUGUUGACACUUCUGUUGAAUUUCCAGAAAAACUUCAGGUUUUAGGUUAUUAUUUUAAAAUCGCCCAGAGGUUUUACAGGCAUUUUUUCCAGGUUGCAAGUCUCUAGGACCUUCAGUUCUAGAGAUAUUGUAUAGAGUCUCCCCAUUAUAAACAAAAGGGUCAGUAGUGAAAAUUAGUUAAGUUAAAUCACUGGAUUCGGUUUGUGUUUCCGUACUCUCCAUUGUGCUCAUUUCCUGAAAUCCCACGAGAACAAAUUGAACUCCCAGAGUGUAAAACUGUAGGAAACAUCAGUCUGAUGGAAACUCUUCAAAAAGGAUCUUCUGGAAAACACAUUAUAGAAUAAUUACCUUUCUGUUCAUGUUGGUGGUUUGGUUCGGUCCGGCCACAUCCAUCCCUGCGCAGCAGAACCAACCGUGUGUUAGAAAUGAAUGAAUCUGUGAGCAAAACGGCCACUAAAAGAAAAAACAUAUUUUUAAAAAAGCCGACAGCAAUACGAGGACGUGACUUCAUGGCCAGUGUAGCUAAAAAAAACAGAAAUAACGACAUGAAACCGUGGCUGAAGAGAGAUAUGACUGUUGCCAUUUAGCAGAUCCCCCGUUUCAUCCCAGUGAGUCAUACUAGACCACCUUAGAGGUGAUAUAUUUUAGGUCUGUAUGUUAGAUUAAACAGCUGAGUCCCAACAGUUACAGUAGCAUCAUAAACCACAUAAACACAGUAAAUAAAUUGGAGGAGGUUGUUUAUUUCUUUGCCGAGGCACAGAUGACGUUUCCACUGCCUUCUGACAAAAAGAUGUGUACUUUUGUUUGUUUGUUUGUUGGUUUGUCUCUUUGUUUGUUUAUGGGGAUGUCGCGUAACAAAAAGAGUUUAAAAGAAAAAAAAAUAAUAAUGGACUUACUCCAAAAAAAAUCAUCUAACAAGAGAAUAUGUAUAUCAAAGGAUUUUGAGAAAUAAAAAAGCUCUAUUAUUAUUAUGAUUAUGAUUAUUAUUAUAGAUAGUCUAUCCCAGACAGUUUUAACAGAAGAUUGAUACUUUACAGAUUAUAGGCCUACUGAGAUAUAAAAAAAAAUACAAGAUUGCUAAAAAUGAUAAAGAGUAAUAAAUAAAAUAAUGUUUGAAAAUAAA